UACAAUUUCAAUAGCCCCAGACUGGGUAUAAAAGCAAACAUUCUCCGGACAAACGAUAUCAAACAAGUUCCAACGGUUCUACCAGUCGUAGCAGUCAUCAAACAAAUAAAAAACAAAACAAACAAGAUGCCUUGCAAAGGAUGCGGAAACAACUGCCAGUGCACAUCGGGCCAAUGCGGCAGCACCUGUGCCGGUAACACCCAGUGCCAAUGCGCCGCCAAGACAGGAGCCAAGUGCUGCAAGGCCAAGUGAUUGUGUGCCGCCAAUUAUUGCGGCAUGAAUAGUACUUAAUUAGCUACCAAAUCUCCGACUGAUCCUAAUGCAAAUCUGAUGCAAAAAUAUAAUAAAAGUUAUGUUCUAGUUCAA